CUCUCUGUUGUCUCCGUCGGUAAUAUUCCUGAAGGUGCGUUAAAGCGUCGGGAGUGUUUACGUUCAUGUUGGAUUUACUGAGGGAAACCAACGGACGGACGAAGGAGCAGGAGCUGGUCCGCCGACAGCGACACUGUGGUGGUGGUUUGUGUCCACCGCAUUCCUCCAGGCAGAAAGCCGCACACCGAGCGGGGGGAAGGAGCGCCGUGGGAGCGGCCUCACCGUAAUGGCUGAAUCGGUCAAUUCGCAAAAAGAAGCCUGACUUUUAAUUAACAUUUUUCCUUUAGUACGAGACUUCACCUCUCCGGAUUUUUUUUUUUUUUUUUUUUUUUGAUGAGUGAAAUGAAUAAUUUAUGGUUUCGCUCCGACGCCGUGACGUCGUCCACCGACCAUUAGCUGCGCCUGACGCCCACUGACCGGGCCCGGGGCCUCCAUGGUGGACUAGGAGAAAGAACACAACUGCAUGGGCUUAAUUUAAGGGAAAACCAGACGGACAAACGCACCCGGUACUCAUCUGGGCUCACUUCUGCAGCUUGGAGCCCAGUGAUCAUGUUGGAAAGUCGGUGGUCGAACACAGUCGGAGCCGAUCCAGUGUCACUCCGGUUUCAGGUUCAUUCGGUGAAGAUCUGCCUUAUUAGUCAACCAUUAAUCGAAGCUCAUCGUCACCGAGCUGAGCCGAUAUCUAAGAGUCCCUCGAAUGUAUUCGUGUGAAUUGAUAUGAUCACUGCAGAUUUUUUUUAAUUUUUAUCCUCAGAGACUAUUUAACAUUUUUGGAAUUACUGCCUACCUCAGUUUGUAUAGUUGUUUUUCCAAGAAACAUCUAAGUGAACGAGCACUAUGUGCGCUGUUGAACUGGCUUAAAUAUCUCAUGAAUCUACCUCAUACUGGUUAUUUUCUGCACAACAGACUGAAUGAAUACCUCAUCUUUCCAGCUGCACAUUGUGAUCUGAGCCUGUGUUUUAACAAGCCUGCCGAUGGCUUCAUUUCCAGAUUCGGACCUGCAGACGUGCCCUCUUUGCAAAGAGCUGUGCGGCUCCUCUGCUCCAAUCUCCUCCAGCUCCUCUACCUCAUCAACUUCUUCUCAUACCUCAACCUCCUCAAGCCAGACCACCCGGAGGCUCCAUGUCCUCCCCUGUCUCCAUGCCUUCUGCAGGCAGUGCCUAGAGGGUCAGCGCAGUCCCGGGGACCCGCUUAAGCUGCGAUGCCCCACUUGUGACCAGAAAGUGUCCAUCACCGAGGCUGGGGUUGACUCCUUGCCUUCGUCCAACUUUCUCUUCAGCAACCUGCUGGAUGUGGUGGUCAGUUCUGAGGAGCGGAUGCAGACCAAAAAUGGCCACCACCACUCCCUAGGAGGCAUUGGAGGGGGGUCUUCUGGUGUCCACCACUCCCACGGGGGCUUGCUGCGCCCACACCACCUGGGACACCAACCGUGCAGUUCCUGCGAUGAGGAGAAUUCAGCUACAUCUCACUGCCUGGACUGUCAGGAGCACCUGUGUGACAACUGUGUGCGGGCACACCAGCGAGUUCGACUGACCAAGGACCACUUCAUCGAGCGCCUGGGAGAAAACCUUCACCUGGGCCGAGUCAGUACCAACAGCAACCCUGGCCAAUCAGGGGUGCCAGUGUCCCUCACCCAGUCCCUUCAAAACAACUUCGCCCUGCUGUCGCUGUUCCAGGAUCACAUGAGCUUCUGCCAGCAGCAUGACAGCGAGGUGUUCCUGUUCUUCUGUGAAACCUGCUCGGUGCCUAUCUGUCGAGAGUGCAGCGUGGGCCGUCAUAUGGGCCACACCUUCGUUUACCUGCAGGAUGCUGUGCAGGACUGCAGGGCCAUUACCAUCCAAUUGCUGGCAGACGCACAGCAGGGACGACAAGCCAUACAGCUAAGUAUGGACAAGGUCCAAGCCAUGGCAGAGCAGGUGGAGCUCAAGGCCAAGGUCGUGCAGACUGAGGUGAAGGCUCUUGUCCUCAGUCACAAGAAAGCACUGGAGGAGAGGGAGUGUGAACUACUGUGGAAGGUGGAGAAGAUCCGUCAGGUGAAGGCCAAAUCUCUCUACCUGCAGGUGGAGAAACUGCAUCAGAAUCUGACCAAGCUGGACAGUACCAUCGCUGCCGUUAGCCAGGUGUUAGAUGAGGGCCGCCAUUUAGAUGUGCUCCUGGCUAGAGAGCGAAUGUUGACUCAGAUCCAUGAACUCAAGGCUCUCAGGGGACUGCUGCAGCCACAGGAGGAUGAUCGCUUUAUGUUCACUCCUCCAGACCAGGCUCUGUACAUAGCCAUCCAGUCCAUGGGCCUGAUAAGCAGUGGAGCCUUUGCCCCUGUCACCAAAGCCCAUGGGGACGGUCUGAAAAGUGCACUUCGUGGCAAGCCUGCCUCCUUUACUUUGAUAGGAUACGACCAUGACGGCGAGCCACGUCUUUCUGGUGGUGACACAGUGUCUGCAGUGGUCAUGUCAGUUACUGAUGGAAACCUGUCUGCAGCAGAGAUUACAGACCACCAGAAUGGCUCGUACACCGUCAGCUACGUGCCUAAAAAUGAGGGGGAGCACCUCGUGUCGGUGUUGGUGUGUAACCAGCACAUCCAGGGCAGCCCCUUCAAGGUGAUUGUCAAGUCAGGAAGAAGCUACGGCUCCUUGGGCUCCCAAGUGUCAUCGUUUGGGUGCGAGGGGGAGGGAGACGGUCAGCUGUGCCGUCCUUGGGGCAUCGGCGUAGAUAAGGAGGGAUAUGUGGUGGUGGCUGACCGCAGCAAUAACCGCAUACAGAUAUUCAAACCUUGUGGUGCCUUCCACCAUAAGUUUGGCUCUCUGGGUUCCCGGCCUGGUCAGUUUGAUCGUCCAGCUGGGGUUGCAUGUGACAGUCAGAGGCGAAUCAUUGUGGCCGAUAAGGACAAUCACCGUGUGCAGGUGUUUACUUUUGAAGGCCAGUUUCUGCUGAAGUUUGGGGAAAAGGGUACCAAAAAUGGGCAGUUCAACUAUCCCUGGGAUGUGGCUGUCAACUCUGAGGGUAAGAUCCUGGUUUCAGACACCAGAAACCACCGUGUGCAGCUAUUUACCCCUGACGGCUCCUUCCUCAACAAGUACGGCUUUGAAGGGGCUCUGUGGAAACACUUCGACUCGCCCAGGGGAGUGGCCUUUAACCACGAAGACCACCUGGUGGUAACUGACUUCAACAACCACCGGCUCCUGGUCAUUCGGCCGGACUGUCAGUCGGCUCGCUUCCUGGGCUCUGAGGGCACUGGGAACGGCCAGUUUUUAAGGCCUCAGGGUGUCGCCGUGGACCAGGAGAACCGCAUUAUCGUGGCCGACUCUCGCAACCACCGAGUCCAAGUGUUUGAGCCUAAUGGGAACUUCUUAUGCAAAUUUGGCACACAGGGGAGUGGGUUUGGACAAAUGGAUCGCCCCUCUGGUGUGGCUGUGACACCCGAUGGAGUCAUUAUGGUUGUUGAUUUUGGAAAUAAUCGCAUUCUCAAGUUCUAAA